GAGUAAAAAAACAAGCAACACCACUUUUAAAAGCUCUUAAAGAUUUUUUUAUUUUUAUAGUAUAAAUAUUUAUUUAAAACAAGUUAAUUUAUAAUAUAUUAUGUGUAUGUGACCUACUCUACCCACCAGAUAGUGAAUCCUCUUUAAAAUUACUUAUCACUUGAACUAUUUGUCACUUUAAAACUACACAACAACAAUGGAAUCUAUCAAGGAGUCUCUGGCUGCAAUGACCGACUUAUUCAACAGCCGUAUGAAUGAAUUCCAGCAAGACUUACAGAGGACAACACCUGCGACUGUGCCUUCUCUUUCAUCGGAGUUCAAUUCUUUUAAGUCUUUUGUUCUCACUGCACUAAGUGGACUUCAGCGACAAAUUGAGUUUCUCGCCAGGGAAAUGGAUCGGACUGAAAUGCAGAGACGUCGAAAAGUGCUUCUUUUCCAUGGUGUUAGCGAAGAGAGAUCCGAGGAUGCCACUGCUCGCGUUACCAGCCUUGUUGCGGAGCACUUGGCCUUGCCAAAUUUUUCUACCAGCAGUAUCAAAUCUUGUCAUCGCUUGGGAAGACCUUUGGACAGCAAGCCCAGACCUAUAGUGGUCAAAUUUACCGAGACUGCUAUUAGGGAUAAGGUCUGGUUCGCCAAAACGAAGUUGAAGGGCACCGGUGUCACAGAGUCAGAGUUCCUGACGAAAAGCCGACACAAUGUGUUUUUGGAGGCCAGGAAGCGGUUCGGCAUCAACAAGUGUUGGACACGAGACGGUUUGAUACACAUUAUCGCCCCAGAUGGAUCUAGACAUCGUGCCGAAUGUUUAUCUGAUCUUGACUCGAUUUCAACUUGUAAGUCCCCAGUCCAAAAAAUUCCCAUCGCAAACACUAGCGAUAAAGUUGUAUUGCAGAGGUCAAAGCGCGUAGUUAAGAAAUAGUUAUUUUAUAUUUAUCUUUCUUCUUAUUAUUGUUUGUUUUUCUAUAAUUUUAAAAUUAUUUCUCUGUCUACCUGCUUUCGAUUUAAUUUUUGUGUUGUGUAAAACUAUUUACGAAUCUAUUUAGUUAAAAGUUAACGUCAUU